GAUGUCUCAGUCCACCCAGCCCACCGCCGCCGACGAGGGGGCCACGUUCCAGCACCUCUGGAGCUCUCUGGAGCCGGACAGCACCUACUUUGACCUUCCCCAGUCGGGCCAGGGGAAUGAUGAGGUGGUGGGUGGUGCGGAGGCCAGCAUGGACGUCUUCCACCUGCAGGGCAUGACCACUUCUGUCAUGUCCCAGUUGCAUCUGCUGAGCAGCACCAUGGACCAGCUGGGCAGCCGCGCGGCCUCGGCCGGCAGCCCCUACGCCCCGGAGCACACCGCUCGCGUGCCCAGCCAUUCGCCCUACGCGCAGCCCAGCUCCACCUUCGACGCCAUGUCGCCCGCGCCUGCCAUCCCCUCCAACGCCGACUACGCCGGCCCCCACCACUUCGAGGUGACCUUCCAGCAGUCGAGCACAGCCAAGUCGGCCACCUGGACGUACUCUCCUCUGCUAAAGAAGCUUUACUGCCAAAUCGCCAAGACGUGCCCCAUCCAGAUCAAGGUGUCCACCCCGCCGCCUCCGGGCACUGUCAUCCGCGCCAUGCCCAUCUACAAGAAGGCGGAGCACGUGACCGAGGUCGUGAAGCGCUGCCCCAACCACGAGCUCGGGCGGGACUUCAACGAAGGACAGUCUGCCCCCGCCAGCCACCUCAUCCGCGUGGAGGGCAACAACCUUUCACAGUACGUGGACGACCCUGUCACCGGCAGGCAGAGCGUCAUGGUGCCCUACGAGCCCCCGCAGGUGGGGACAGAGUUCACCACCAUCCUGUACAACUUCAUGUGCAACAGCAGCUGUGUCGGGGGCAUGAACCGGCGGCCCAUCCUCAUCAUCAUCACCCUGGAGACACGGGACGGACAGGUGCUGGGCCGCCGGUCCUUCGAGGGCCGCAUCUGUGCCUGUCCUGGCCGAGACCGCAAAGCGGAUGAAGACCACUUCCGCGAACAGCAGGCCCUGAACGAGAGCGCUGCCAAGAGCGGGGCUGCCAGCAAGCGCGCCUUCAAGCAGAGCCCCCCUGCCAUCCCCGCCCUGAGCACCAACGUGAAGAAGAAGCGGCACGGGGACGAGGAAACCUACUACAUUCACGUGCGGGGCCGGGAGAACUUUGAGAUCCUGAUGAAGGUCAAGGAGAGCCUGGAGUUGAUGGAGCUGGUGCCCCCGCAGCUGGUCGAGUCGUACCGGCAGCAGCAGCAGCUCCUGCAGAGGCCGAGCCACCUGCAGCCUCCGUCCUACGGGCCCGUCCUCUCGCCCAUGAACAAAGCGCACGGGGCUGUCAACAAGCUGCCCUCCGUCAACCAGCUGGUGGGCCAGCCUCCCCUGCACGGCUCGGCGGCCGGGCCCAACCUGGGGCCCAUGGGCCCCGGGAUACUCAACAACCACGGCCACGCCCUGCCGGCCAACGGCGAGAUAAACGGCGGCCCCAGCUCCCAGUCCAUGGUCUCGGGGUCCCACUGUACCCCGCCACCCCCCUACCACGCCGACCCCAGCCUGAUCAGUUUUUUAACAGGCUUGGGGUGUCCAAACUGCAUCGAGUAUUUCACCUCCCAGGGGUUACAGAACAUUUACCACCUGCAGAACCUAACGAUAGAGGACCUGGGGGCCCUGAAGAUCCCGGACCAGCACCGAAUGACCAUCUGGAGGGGCCUCCAGGACCUGAAGCAGAGCCACGACUACGGCGCGCAGCAGCUGAUCCGCUCCAGCGGCAACGCGGCCACCAUCGCCAUCGGGGGCUCCGGGGAGCUGCCGCGGCAGCGGGUCAUGGAGGCCGUGCACUUCCGCGUGCGCCACACCAUCACCAUCCCCAACCGCGGGGGCCCGGCUGGGGGUGCGGGGCCCGAUGAGUGGGCCGACUUCGGCUUCGACCUCCCGGACUGCAAGUCCCGCAAACAGUCCAUCAAAGAGGAGUUCACGGAGAGCGAGGCCAACUGA